CUAUUCGGGACUAUUCACUAUUCGCUAUUCUCGACUAUUCGCUAUUUGCUGUUCGCGUUUUCCAGACACCCAACCUGGCAUGUAAAUAGACUCUACAUAAGUUGGGGGGCGGGGGAACAUGGGCAAAACUUCCUGCUUUGCGUACCCUGCUCUCCCACUUCCUGUACCCUUAUCCCCCCGGGGGGUACUCCCUUAUAAGGGCUAUACAGGAAUGUGUGGCCCUAAAGGGUAGGGUUUUUCAGUCAUUUCAGUCAUCAAAAAUAGGGUAUCAAUUUUGGCAAUUUUGGUCUUAAAUAGGGUAGGGUUUUAGCCCUAUAGUUUUUAAUUGUUUAUGUUUCUUAGAAGAAGCUACUUUUUCAUCAUAUUCAAUAAGAAUGUCAACAGAAGCCCUUGAUAACUUAUGUUUAGGACAACUGCGCCAGCCACAAUGGUUAUAAAUAGGGUAUCGAAUUUUUGGCCAGACGAUAAAUAGGGUAAGGAAAAUCACAGAUUUUGGUCAUAAAUAGGGUAAGGGUUUUGGGAAGUGGGCUGCACACCCCCACCCAACUUUUUUGGGAGUACCCUCCCGGGCUUUAUCCCUGGCAUAGUCAAUCAAACUUAGUUGUACUGACAAAUGAUCCAUGGAUCAAGUUUGACUGAGUUUAGCAAUCAAAUCCAAUCAAACUGUAUAUUAAACUCAGUCGAACUCAAUCCAUGGAUCAAGUUUGAUUGAGUUUGGCAACUAAAUGAAAUUGACUCACAAAUAAGAAUUGGACAAUUGAACUCAAUUGAAGGCUUGAUUUCUGGACUAUUGAUGUGAAAUUAAGUUGAAAAUUAAUAACAAGUUUUCAAACUUGAGUUACCUCAGUAAAACAUGUUUUUCGUGUAGAUUUGUGUUAUUUUCUGACCACAGAACAUGACCUUUAAUUGUUCAAGUGAAUUGAUUCAGAACUCAAUGUCUCAUUAUCAAACAUAAUUUAAUGAAUUCAGAGCUUGAAUGGGUUCAAUUUGGUUGACUGACUUUCAUUGGUUUGGAAAUUGAAGUCACACAAUUUAAGUUCUGUAUUUGAUUUUGUUUGAUUGCCAAUCCGACUAGAUUGAAUUCAAUGAAUUGGAUUUUUGAAAGUUCGAUUGACUAUGCCAUGCUUUAUCUCUUGACACCUUCCCUUUUAUGGCCUGCUCCAGUUGCUUGUAAAUUAAGAGACUUGCUCCCUCUGUUUUUAAAAUAUUCAGCCUUCCUCGUCAAGCUCACCAUUUUUGUUAGCUUACAUGUAUGUGGCUCAUGAACACUCGUGCUGCUUGACAUAUUUGGUCGAUUGAGUUUGAUUGGUUUGGAAAUUGAAGUCACAAAAAGUUCAGUAUUUGAUUUUGUUUGAUUGCCAAUCUGUGGAUUGAGUUCAAUGAAUUGGAUUUUUGAAAGUUCAAUUGACUAUUUUUCUCCCGACACCUUUCCUUUUAUGGUGUGCUCCAGUCCCCUGUAAACUAAGGAGACUUAUUUCCUCUGUUUUUACAUAAUUUAUAUUCAGCCUUCCUUGUGAAGCUCACUUUUUUUGUCAGCUUUCAUGUAUGUGGCUCACAAGAACCCAUGCUGCUUGACAUUUCAUGACCUAAUUGACACUUAAGCCUGUUUAUAACACAAGAGUAGUUAGUGGGUAUAAUUUUAGGCUAAAACUUGAUUGACAUCCUUGCAAAACACAAAUAAUAAAGUAAUGAUACCAUCUUUAUUUUUGUCCAGAUAACCCUAAUAUAAGUGGACACUGAUAUUUCAGGAACCUCAGUUAUGAUGGAUGUAGACAUUGAUGAUGAUGAUGAUGGUUUUAACUUGCUUCAGCCAACACUCUUCCAACAAAUAAAGAACAUCCUAGAUCAGUAUCCAGACGAUGGGCAGAUACUGAAGGAGCUUAUUCAAAAUGCUGAAGAUGCACGUGCAAGCCAAGUUAAAUUCCUUCAUGACAAACACAGCUACAGAACAGAGAAACUACACAGCAGAGAACUUGCUCGGUUUCAGGGGCCAGCUAUUUAUGCAUACAACAACGCACAGUUUACUACAGACGACUGGACAGGCAUACGAAUGCUGUGCAACAGUCUGAAAACUAAAGACCCAAUGAAGGUGGGCCGGUUUGGCCUGGGUUUCAAGUCUGUUUUUCAUGUGACAGAUUUACCAAGCAUUCUGAGUGGCACAAAGAUCGGUUUCAUUGACCCACUCGAACAGUGCUUUAGUGAGGGACGACUUGACCGAAGAACAGGAUACCGCUGGCGAUUAAACAGAGAUCGUGAAAUUAUGAACAACAUACCUGAUCAGUUUCUUCCUUACAAAGGGAUAUUUGACUCUACAGAGGAAGUCUUUUCUGAGGGAAGGUACAAUGGAACGCUGUUCCGUUUUCCAUUGCGUACCAUCCCUUCCGAACUGUCCCAGACACUGUACUCUGAUCACAAGGUGGAAAUUUUGUUUGAGAGUAUUAUCACUGAUGCUCACUUGUUGCUUUUGUUUCUGCGACAUUUGGAAUCCAUUGAGCUUUACGUCCGAGAGGAAUCAGAGCCUGAGCCAAGAAAAAUAUUUGAAGUCAAAAUCAGUGAUGACAGCCUUCAGUUUGUUCGUGAAAAAAGAAGAGAGUUCUACAACGCAGUCAAACCUGGCCAACAUAUGCCAGUGCCUGUCUCAGUUACUUAUCCAAUGACAAUUGAGACAGCAAAUUUUUCCGAGGACUUGAUGGGGGGCAGCGCUGAACGACAUUCGUUUCUUCUUACAAGUUACUGCUGUGGUGGCGAGGUCUCGUCCCAGUUCGAAAGGCUUUUGACAGACGAAGAACUCAGUUAUUUACCAUCAGUUGGUGUUGCUAUGGCAAUGCCUUCAGGCAUCGGCCUACCAACACCUGACAUUCAAGGCCACGUGUUUUGUGUUCUUCCUUUGCCAGUACAAAAGAAGAGCAUAACUGGUCUGCCAGUGCAUGUAAAUGGAUUUUUUUCAUUGAGUCAGAACAGACGUCAUAUAAAAACACCUAACGCAGAUCAAGAGGAUCAAGGAAAGCUGAAUGACAAAUCCUUGAUAUGGAACAUUUGUCUGUUGGAAGAAGCUGUACCAAAGGCGUAUGCUUCGAUGAUAAUGGCUGCCAUCAAUGACAGAACCUUUCAUGUGCAACCAGAAACAGUGUACAGGGCAUGGCCAAAGAUGAGUAGCACUGACCACACCUGGAGCAGACUCUUGAGUCCCUUGUUUCAACUGCUGUGUACUGAGAAAAUAAUGUACACUCCAGCCCAUAAAGGCAAAUGGCUGCACGUUCAGGAUGCCAUCUCUGUCCGAAUUGAUGAGAACGAGACUAACGAGCUGAUUGCUCGAGUCUUGCGCGAGGCAAACAAACCUGUCGCCCCUUUGCCUGACCACGUGUUAAACGCCAUAACCGAGAUAACCGAGAUCACAGAGAUCACUCCCUCGUUGGUGCGACAAGUGCUCAAGGAAACUCCUUCCUGUUAUAAAAGUCUAAGUCACAUGGAGAAGUUGUCCUUGCUCCGAUUUGUGCUUGAAGAUGAUGACUUUCCAGAGCUGCUCGGCUUAGUCCUUCUGCCUGUAUCCGACGGGACCUUUACAACUUUUACAAAAUCGGCGGAGGCGGUUUAUAUCACCUCCCCUGAACAUCCGCGAGAGCUAGUACCUGGUUUGCGAGAGAGAUUCCUAAACCAAGAUGUUGAUGAAAGCAUUUUGAAAAAUCUUAAGACCAUUGCAGAGAAAGGAUGCACCCAGAUAAAGUUUCUUUCGAAAAAUGAUGUCCCUGCUCUUCUAGGGAAGGCAUUACCUCCGGAAUGGCUAAAAGGCGAUGUGGCUCAUUGGUUCCCUGGGGAUGGAAACUAUAACCACCUGUCAAAAGAUUGGAUUAAGGGCGUGUGGCGUUACCUGAGAGAAACUUUUCCAACAGCAGAUGAUCUCUUUAGGUUUGAAAAUCUUCCCCUGAUUCCGCUUGAUCUUUCUCAAGUCCCAGUCAUUUUAACAAGGCUAAAGAAGCCAUCGAAAGUUGUUGUUGCAAAACUGGAUAGUCGUCUUGAGAAACCAGUGGUUAACGUUUUGAAGGCGCUCGGUUUAAUGAUCAUGCAAGAGUGUCCACUAAGCCUCCAUCCUGUCCUGUUGCCUACAUUUGUCCAUCCACCAUCUGUCCAAGGUGUCCUACGUUCUAUGGCGGCUUGCACCUCGAGUCCCAUAAUGAGUGUCGGAAUGCUCUCUGUCCUGCUAGAAAACGUGGAUGUUGUUGGUAAACGAGCUUUGAGGAAUUUUGUUUCUAAAGCACCAUGCUUUCGUCGGGAAGAGAAGAAACUUCUUCUUUACCUUCCACUUUUCGAAACUCUGUCAGAGAAGUUUAUCUCAAAGAAAGAGGGACUGUGUGCAGCACCGGAGGAGAGGCUUCCAGUGACUCCCCGACGAGAGUUCAUUGACAUCAAAGAGGCCAGCUCCAAACGAUUGGUACGUAUGCUGGACAUAAGAAUACUAACGACAACAGAAUAUUUGUGCGAAGAAGUAUUUCCAGAUGUCAUUCAUGGGCACUAUUCCGAAGAAGAGAUUGACAGACUCAUGGCCUUUGUGUUGAAGCGUUAUCAUGUUUACGCCAGCCCUGACGUCAAUGUCAGAUUUGUAGAGAUGAUGAAAGAGGUACCGUUUGUGUCAACCGAAAGUGGACGGAUGAGGGCACUAGACUUGUUUGAUCCCAGAGAAGACCUGUUAAAGACACUCUUUGCUGGUGAAGAUGUCUUUCCUGUUGGAACGCUGUAUACUGACCCUGCAGUUCUCGCAGUUCUUGAGAGACUUGGCAUGAAAAACGGGGACAUGAUCGCCACCCAAGACCUGUACCAGAUUGCCAAAAGCAUAACUGAAAAUUCCAGUAAUUCGACAACAAGGCAAAAGUCUGUGGCGCUCAUGGAGUAUUUAACCCGGAAUCCGACGAAACUUGAAGAUGCCAUUUCAGGAAGAUCUUUAAGAUUGCUGCUUUGCGAUAUGGCUUGGGUACCCGUUUUGAAACAAAAGCCUCAUGGUUUUCCUGAGAGCCUUCAUUUUUUUGGUGAAACGGAAAAAGAAAGAUACUUUUACAAGCCCACAGAAGUUAAGAGUAAACAGAGCGCUAGCCUAAUUGGAUCCGUACAGCCGCUCAUUAACGUAAGUUCAAGUGAACUAGCCCAAUAUUUUAGCUGGGACAAGAAGCCUUGUGUGUUGCACGUUGUUGAACAUUUGAGAACUGUGAUUGUGGACUACAAAACAGAUGAAAAGCCACAUUACGUUUUGAUGGUGAAAGACAUCUACUCUUUUCUAAGUUCUGCGGAUCACGUAGAUGUCAUGAAUGCCUUGCAGAGAGUUGAGAUUCCUAAUUGGAUUUGGAAUGGUGAUGGAUUUUCCUCUCCUAAAGUUGUGCUGUCGGAGAAACCUUCCAUAGACCUGUCGCCUUACAUUUGUACCCUUCCCCCAGAGAUGAUUCAGUACUCCAAGUUGUUCUUUACGUUUGGCAUGCAGAAACGAUGCGACAACAGCCUUUUGCUUGAUGUCCUCGCCAUGAUUAAGGAGAAAUACGACCGUACCCAAUUUGAAGAUGCAGAUGUCAAAAAGGACCUGAAGCUAUCCAUUGACAUCCUGAAUGAAGUGAAGCCAAACGUUGGUAAACUGCCUGAGCUUCAAAAGAAGAUUCUUCUUCCAACCUUUGUCGAAGGGGACGCGUAUGUUAAGCUUGCACCGGUUGAAAGUUGUAUGUAUUGUGAAGACGGGGGGCUUGGUACCGAAAAUGAUGACGAAGAGAUGCAGUACUUGAUGGUACAUCCAAACGUUCCUAACAGCACAGCCGAACAGUUGAAUGUUCGAAACCUCAGAAACUGCAUGCUAGAUCCUGAUGAGUUAGCAGUAGGCGAAGAGUUUGGACAGGAGGAGAGGCUCACUCGAAGACUCAGUAGACUUUUGGAGGAUUAUACAGACGGAUUUGCGGUACCAAAGGAGCUUAUUCAAAACGCAGACGAUGCUGGUGCGACGGAAGUUAACUUUUUGUACGAUGAAAGAGCAAACGAAGAUGCCAUGACCUGUCUGAUUGAUGAAGGGAUGAGACACUGCCAGGGUCCUGCCCUGUGGGUUCACAACGAUGCCGAGUUCCGAGACGAGGAUUUUGAGAACAUAACAAAAUUGAGCGGUGCGACUAAAGAGCAUGACACCGAGAAAAUUGGAAAAUUUGGACUUGGUUUUAAUGCAGUUUACAACCUGACAGAUGUACCCAUGUUCGUGAGCAGAAAUCAUUUUGUCAUUUUUGAUCCCAACACCUUUUAUCUCGGAAAAGUAAUCAGGAACAAGGCCAAACCAGGCAUGAAGAUCAACAUGAACAAAAACGCAAAUAAACUGCGCAAAUUUCGAAAUCAAUUCAAACCGUUCAAUGGGAUUUUUGGUUGUGAUCUUCAUCUAGACAAAGAAGACAACUCAUACAAAGGGACGCUAUUUCGUUUCCCUUUACGAACUAAAGAGCAAGCGAUGAAAAGUGAAAUCAGGCAAAGCGACUACGACUCCAAGCAAAUGAAAGAACUCUUGCAACGUUUUAUUCGUGGAGCCGGAUCCCUGCUUCUCUUUACACAAAAUAUCCGUCGUGUCAGCAUCUUUCAUUUGGCCAGUGAUUCUACCGAACAUCCAAUAACUAAGAAGAUUUAUGAAGUUGCUAAAUCGUUAUCUGAAGCCGGUAUUAGAAGGGAAUUGUCUUGCCCGGUCAUCCUCCCACCCGCUGCUAACAGGCUAAGUGAUCGGGAAAAGUUCCUUUUGGAACAGUGCAACUUUCUUCGAGCAUCAUCUGACGUUGCGAAGCCUAAAGGAGGCGCCGUCAACUCGAAUACUGUUCUGCUAAGGUCGGCACUUACAAUCAACAUUAGUAGCACCAUUACGGAAUAUGGGCGUUGCUUCUUUGGAAACAAACUUGAUGUACCUAGUGAUGUUGGGACGUGGCUCGUCGUUUCUUCAAUGGGCAAGGGUCAAGCAAUGCAGUUUUCAGAGAAAGACAAGAGUCUUCUUCCGUCAGCAGGAGUGGCUGUUAAAUUGUCGCUUGAUGAUUCUCUCUUGCCUGUACCUGUUUGCGAUGAGUCUAGCGGAUUGGAUCGCACGGGAAAUGUAUUUUGCUACCUUCCACUUCCGAUUCACAGUGGUCUACCCGUGCAUGUCAAUGGAGCCUUUGCUGUAGCGUCCAACAGACGAAAUUUGAAGGAAACAACAGAGGAUGACAAAGCUAGUAUUGGUGUCGAGUGGAACAAUGUCCUAUUGCAAGAUUCUGUUUGUGCAGCAUACUUAGACCUUCUUGAAGACUUGAAGUCAGUUACGGAAACCUCUAGAAAAUACCAGUUCUUUUCGUUGUGGCCGAAGUCUUGUGAAGUGCACUCAAACUGUGAGCCCCUUGCGCGUUCAUUGUAUGAAUGCCUUGCUAAUCGGGGUUAUUCCCUUUUUUCAGAUGGAAGCAGAUGGACAUCCAUUGAUGAAGUUGUUUUUCUUGAUCCACAGUUUCAUCAGGAUACCCAGGUGGGAGGCAUUUCGUUUGAAGUUCUUCAGUUGUUAGCCAAAGGCAAUCAAACUGUAAUUGAUCUUCCUGGUGAUGUGUAUCAGUCGUUUGUAGACUAUGGCCUUGGAAAAGAUAUUCAGCCCAAAAGCUAUAACAAGGAGAGGUUCUUCCGUGAACUGUUCUUUCCAAAUAUUGCUUCCGUACCCGCUCACUUGAGAGACAACUUGGUCUUGUAUGCUCUCAAAGAUAACAGUGGAGACUUUCAGGAUAUGAUUAUGAACAACGGCUGCAUCCCAGCUUCACCCCAUGGUCAGAAACUCAAACGCCCAAGUCAACUUGUCCAUCCAAGCAGACGUGCUGCGUUGCUAUUUUGCGAUCACGAUGGACGAUUUCCAUUUGGCACCGAUGAAACAUUUCGGGAUCCUUUACAGCUCUUUAGACUGGAGCAACUUGGAAUGGCGACAGAUGAUCUCUCAUGGGGCGAGGUUGCAGAAAGGGUGGAAAGUAUUCACGACUUGAACAGAAGUUGUAGCGAUGCAGCAUUAAAGAGGGCAAAGAAUUUGAUAGCUUUUCUAGAAGGAAAGCUGAAGGAUGGCAAUAUACAGCUUCCCUCGGAUGUUCAAAGACGUCUCUUGGAAGCUGAAUUUCUCCCAGUUCUCAAGAAACCGCAGACGUUUCCUCUGGCAUGGAAAGGUAAUCAGUUUGAAGAUGGGACCGACCUCACCUUUGUAUCGCCAAACAAGGGAUUUUUACGCGAUAAAAUGUAUCUAGUGUGUUGCACUGAGCCAAUUGUAGACUUGCUUAUCCCACCAAAGGUUAAGAUGUUGUUGAAGUUCCACGACCGCCAGGCUACAAUAGUGCAUGCGAUGUCCCAACUAAAUGAAGCCAUAUCUACAAGAGUUGACAUCUCAGGAAUGGAAGAAGUUAGAAAGGUGUGCAAUGCAUCUUACUGUUUCCUCCAGGACGCUCUUCAAGAUGAUGAUGAUGAAAUCCAAAUAGCCGAUUUCCUUCGAGGGAAAAAAUUCAUUCUUGUGAGAAAUGAGUUUGUGAGUGCAAAUCAAGUGGCAUUCGCACUACCCGUCGAAUGUUCUCCCUAUUUGUUCAAAGUUCCUGAAGAGUUGGCUAGGCUAUUUUCGAGACUAAUGAAAGUAGCCUCCGUAAGAGAUAUGUUCGAGGCACAAGAUUUCAUAUCUGGUUUGCGACAAAUACACGAAGAGCAUGGAUUUGGAGAACGACAGCUGGACAGGCCGACACGUCUUGUUGCUGUCAACCUGGCCAACGAAUUAGCGAAAGCGUUGAAAGCCCCUGGAGUUGAGUUCACAACAGACGACAAGAGGACAUUAAUUCAUCUUCCCAACUCUAAAGGCGUAAUGCUACCCGUUAGUGAGCUUUGCAUACAAGAUUGUCCUUGGAUUCCAGGUAGUCUUGAUGUUCAGUUUGUCACUCCAGACAUUCCUUGCAUCACAAGUGUGGAAUUGGGUGUCAAAACACAGAGAGAAGAGGCGUUACGUCAUCACUCAUGGGGACUUGCUUUUGGACAAAAAGAGAAACUAACGAAUCGCUUGAAACGAAUUCUAACUGGCUAUCCAUGUGGAAAGGAGCUCUUGAAAGAACUACUCCAGAAUGCUGAUGAUGCACAGGCAACUGAGAUUUUUUUCAUAAAGGAUCCCCGUAGCCAUCCAACGGAGCGAGUCUUCGAAAACAGCUGGGUUCCAUUGCAAGGUCCUGCGUUAUGCGUAUACAACAACAAGCCAUUCACUAAGGCCGAUAUUGCAGGUAUACAAAGCCUUGGGGAAGGCAGCAAAGGAAAUGAUCCAAACAAAACAGGCCAGUAUGGCGUCGGUUUCAAUGCUGUCUACCACUUGACUGACGUCCCUUCGUUUAUGUCCAAUGGCGAAGAAAUAGGAGACGUUUUGUGUGUAUUUGAUCCACAUUGCCAAUACGUUCCUGAUGCCAAUCCUCUAGAACCAGGCAGAAUGUAUACAGAAGUCACAAAGUUGAAGAACCUGUUUCCGGAUGUUUUUAAUUGUUACCUGGAAGAAAGUUUUCCUUUAGAAAAUUCGACCAUGUUUCGAUUUCCUCUUAGAACUCAAGAAAUGGGAUGUGAUUCUAAGAUAUCCUCCAAUCCAGUUACACUGGAAGAAUUAAAUGAAAUGAUGGAUGCGCUGAAGAAAGAGCUAUUUGAAGUUCUAAUUUUUGUAAACAACGUGAAGAGGAUCACUUUGUGUGACAUCGACGAAAGUGGUCAAGUGGUGAAUUCUUACUCAGUUGAAGCAGUGAUGACCGAAGAAGAUGCAAGCAAAAGGCAGCAAUUUGCCACCCGCAUUAAACAAAUUGGGAAGUCAGAUGAACAGAGAGAUGACUUUUGUCCCAACAACAUCAAAGUGGAAAAAUGUAGCUAUGUUCUUAACUUAAGGGAUAGCCUUGGCAAUGAGGAAAAGUGGCUUAUUGUCCAGCAAAUUGGCUUUGAGAACAAAGUGCAACCGAGCAUACUCCAUGCUUACCGAAGAAGCGACCUGGGGAUGCUUCCUCGAGGUGGUGUUGCCUGCCUCUUGGAAAACAAGUCAGUGGACAAGGAACUAGAGAAAAGAAGAAGAAAAGCUUACUGCUUCCUUCCGCUUCCUUUAGAAACAGGUCUUCCAGUCCACAUCAAUGGUCACUUUGCAUUAGACCAUGAGGCCAGGAGAAGUCUAUGGAAAGAUGAAAGUGGUGGUUAUCGGAGUGACUGGAACAGCACGUUGCUGAAAGAUGUGAUAGCGGCGUGCUAUCUAACACUGCUGGACGAGGUAAGGACUUUUCUGCAACUGCCAAACUUGCUCAGAGCGAAUCUGAGUUGCAGCAGAGCCUGUUUGAUUACAAAGCUUGAGAUAUAUGAGAAGCUUUUUCCGUGCUGCACUAACUUAAGUGAUCCUUACUGGGAGAUACUAGCAAGAUCUGUGUAUCGCGGAAUGAAUAGUAAGAAACUGAGAUUUCUUCCAGUGGUGCGAGAUGUAUGUGCGUAUGGUUCUAUGGAUGUUGAACUGACGUGGCUUCCUCCAACGGGCACCGGGAAGAACCAGGCAUUCUUCAACAAUCUUGAAACUAGUGGCUGUUUUGGUGUUGGAAGGAAAGACGACAGUGUGGAGAAUCGGCGGUCUUUCGAGAGAAUUUUGCUGCAAACAGGUUUCAACCUUGUGCAAUUUUCCAUGGCCGUUUUUAGAGCUUUCGACAAUUCAGAAGUGAGAUGCUGUUGCAUAACACCUGGCGUUGUCAUGGAGUUCUACAAGACUUUCAACAGCCAAGAUCCCCUUUGCAAGAUUGGAUCUUUCCCCAUUGAAGUUGGAAAAACGCCAUUUAAAGACAGCAGUGGUGUUGUACUGCUACUGCGUUACUGCAGGGAUCAUCCAUACUUCAUAAAUAAUCUGUCAGGCCUCCCCUUGCUUGUAACACAAGACAAAUGGCUCCGUGCGUUCAGUGAAAGUGAUCGAAAGUUUCUUUCUCCCUAUCACGACAUCUUGCCAAAAUCCAAGGAAAUGUUCGUCCAUGAGCAAGUUAUGGCGAAUAUAUUUAAUGAUGCAGGGUACCGUCAGGCGUCUGUGUUCAUGCAUUUUGACGUCAACGCUUUGGCUCUUCACUUAAGUGGUACACUACCCCCAGGUUAUCUUGGAGAGUGGUGCCCAAGCAAUACUGAAUUGCCAAACGGCCUUUGGAUAUCCAGAGUUUGGAGCUUUUUGGCUACCAUCUCGAAAAGUGUUGUGAAUAAUGCCAGUAGAAGACCUGAAAGCACCUUGACCCCCAUUCAUUCCAUGCUCAAACCAAUGUCCAACUGGAGCAUUCUCCCUGCAACUCAGACCGUCCUGCUACCAAGAUCUGAUGAAGCAAAUGCUUGCGAGGAAGUUACAAAAAAUAUUCUGGUGCCGGUGAAAUUGGCGGAAUCUGUCCUAGAUUUCACAGAUACUGUUCAGUUUCAUGGGCCUCUGGUAAAGGCUUUAAGAAGGCUUGGUCUGCCUGAGCUGAAUUCUGAUGUUUUGCGUAUCAAAGGCAUGCCAUUCUCAGCGUGGAUGGAUUCGUGCCUUUUAGCACGGCAAGUUGUGGCGUCCCUGAAAACCCCAGCAUCAUUGCUUACAUCGCUCGAACACAAGAUGAACUCAAGCCCACAUUCGCUACUUGGAAGACUGAAGCCUCACGACUGUGUGAUCAUCCUUAAGUAUUUCAACGACUAUGUAGUCUGUUUACAAAACUCAUCCGGUAGCAAUUCAACGUUGAAAAAGCUUCCUUUUUAUCCAUCAACACACGGUGACCUCAUUAGUCUUCAUCAACAUGAACGAGUGUGCGUUCUCCCAGAUGGAGUACCAACGAAUGAGAUGGAUGUUCUACAAAGGGAAGUACAUGUGGUGUUUCUUAAAGCCGUUCCAUCUCUUUCUGCCCUCUACCAAUUUUUGGCUUUUGACAGUAUCUCCCCAGUUGACGUGUAUUGUAAGUUCAUCUUGGUACUUUUCAAAGCCUUCAGCAAAGACGCAAGACUUGCUCACCUCAAAUACGUGAGAGAUACCUUACUUCCAAGUACGUCAGCAAACAAGGAAGAUGAGCACAGAGUGUUGUGCAGGUUGAGAAACUCCGAGAUCAUCACCACAAAGGAGGGACACUUAAAGAGAGCAUCAUACUUCUAUGAUCCGUGCAAUGAUAUUUUCAAGGUCAUGCUCCCAGGAGAGAUGUUUCCACCUGAACCUUUCAAGUCAAAAGAGUGGUGGUCGUUUUUGAGAAAAAUUGGCAUGGUCUAUGAAAUUUCUCCCGUUCAUUUCAAGAAAUUUGCUGAGGAGGUUGCUCUCGAAGCAGCAACGCAGCGAAGUGUGAAGACAGACGAAAAGUCAAAACUCCUAGUGUCGCAACUGUUAAGUCGAUCUGAAGUAUUGGGUCAUGGGCUUCUGCAAUCUGUUUGUGGUAUUCGUUUUGUAGUGUCAGAGCCAGUCUCUAGUGACCUUCUAGCUCUACAUGGGCAGUAUGGUGAAAGACAAGGUGGGCAGUCUCCUUAUAUUGCAUUCGAAGACUCUGUCGUUUCUGAUCAUGCUGAAAUUGUGUGGACAACGGCACACCUACUUCCACGAUGGGCGGAUCCACGAUUUGUACUUGAAGUGAAGGCUCCUUGGAACUUGACUAGAGACGCUUUUUGUAACAACAUUCUUGACUGUCUCAAAGUCGUAUCAGAACCUGAUUUAGACUUGGUUACUUUACAUUGUCAAAAAAUCUCUAAUCGCCUUGUGACAGAAAAUGGAAGCGAAGUCUCAGAGGAGCAGUGUUUAAAGCGAAAGUCAGUCAUGAAAAGCAUCUACAAAUUUUUGCAGGAAAAAGCCACUACAAACCAUGAUGUAAAAGAAGUCCUGCAUAGCAGCUCCUGCAUUUUGGUCGAACAGGGAACACGGUUUGCCGAACCUAAGCAAGUAGUCCUCGAAUUGUACGAGAGCCUUGAAAUAAAGCCAUUCCUUUACAGAGUGCCUCAUGACCUUGGAGAGUUUCACAAACUAUUUCUGCUUUUAGGUUGCUCCAGUUCUGUUACAACGUCUCACUACGCCAUGGUCUUGGAAAUGUUACAUGACCAAUGUCAGGGAGAGAAACUCCAUCCAAAUGAGAUCCAAAGUGCGUUAGGAGCUGUCAGAGGAUUCUUCGAAAGGCUGCAAGAGAAUCCAACUGAAGGGGAAAGUCUUUCAAAGUUGUUCUUACCAGCACUAAAUACAGAAAGUAGCUGCCAAGGACCUCUUCCUGUUGUCUUGCACAAGUCGACCGAGUUAAUGUUUGACGACGCGCCUUAUUUACAGAGUCGUCUCCAAAACUUCAAACAACUAUUUGUGGUGGACUUAAAGAAGACAGGACUCCAGUGCAAUUCUUCCUUGAGCUACAAAGACUUCGUAAUGAAUCUUUCAACAGCUGUUCGACCGCAGAUGCUGUCCGAUGCAGUAGAGGAAACAUUUGUUGACAUCAGCGACGAAGUGGCUGUUCAGCUUAGCGUUGCUGACACCCUGAAGAAACAACUCUGCUCGGACCAAUUCUUCCACGGAGUUUUGAGGCUCAUUCGGCACGCACAGCAUGAAAAAGGAAAGUUGGAGGAAAGUUUGAUCGCUUCUAUAAAAGGCAGACUUCGAAAUAUCGAGUUCAUGGGAAUGACCAAAAUUUGGACCAAACUGAUGUUCAAAGGAGCUGAUGUUCCUGGUAGCAAAGCUGAGGUGCCAUACUUUGUAGACAAAGUUUUUGAAGAUGACAAAAAUAUCUGGAAGGUCUAUGUUAAUGCUGAGGCAGAGGAUAGCCUUAGUAAGAUAUAUUUGGCCUUAACUCGAGUUAUUGCAGAAGCAUGUGAAGGAUUGCUCCAGGAGGCAGUGAUGUUCAUUCCUGAGAUGUUACGCAGUGACCCCAAAAAGAUUUGGUCCAUCCUGGAUGAGAUGAAAGUUAGGCAAGACGACUCUUACAACGCAUCGAGCAGUGAUCUCUUACCACAGCCAGGAAGUUUCAUCCCGAUCGAAGACCAUCAUCUCUUGAACGAAGCCUUUGAAAAUCUCGCGCCUGGUGAAUAUGUUGGGUACGAAAUGGACGACCCAAGCAUGCAGCAGAAGGGAGGAGAUGCUACAUUCAUCUACGCCGUGGUAAUUGAAGAAGUGAAAGCUGAGGAAACUUCAACUCUGUUUGGAAAGUCUUUCAAGAUUAACGUUGGAUAUGACAAAGAACCGCGGGUUGUCGAAUUUGCCGACCUGUACAAAUUUCAUCGUCUUCAAUCUUCUUCCCUUGGCCUGUCAGACGAGCAAGAAACUGCCACUCAAGCACGGGACAAAGAGAAGAUUUUUGCUGAGAUCUCUGACGUGCUAGAACAAGCAUGGCGGCUACCUGAGGAAAGAAGAAGAAGAAAAGUGGUCAAGCGACUUUUUCUACGGUGGCAUCCGGAUAAGAAUCUUGGAGACGAAACUUUCUGCACGGAAGCUUUCCAGCACAUACAGAUCGAAAUUGCAAGGUUGGAAAAAGAUGAAAGACGAAAGGGAGAGCGCGAGAAUCAGCAAAGCUCCUACGAAACCUUCUUCAAUCACUGGAGAGAACGUGCUCGGCGGCAUAAUGCACAGCGCCGUGAAUACAAAGAAAGGUUUCUCAGAAAAUAUGGGACCCGUGAAUCUACAUCGAGGAGCGGUGAUUCAUGGCCAUGUAUUCCUCCAAGUUUCUGCAAGAAGAAUCCUCAACCAGGCGAGGCAAGGCGUUGGUUCAGACAGGCAGAAGCUGACCUGGCGGCUGCUGAUAAUGACUUGGCCACUGCAAAACCAUCUCACGAGUGGGUGUGCUUUAAAUGCCACCAGAGUGCAGAGAAGGCGCUUAAGGCCGCCCAAUACGCGGAAGAUGCGUUCAAAACGAAUGUUAAAAAUCUUAUGCGCAACGCCUCACGGCUUGGAGACUCUGAACUGACGAGACUCGCCAACCAGCUGGAGCAUCAAGUGGUGGAUUCAACACGCAUGCGCUAUCCGGACCAAGUUAGCUAUCCCCAGAUUCCCAAUGAUGUAUACUCAGUGAUGGAGAUUGCUCACGAAGCCCUGGCACUUGCUAGGACUAUCCUGGAGAGAGUCCGCCGUGUAGUGACAAAAUGA